GUUAUGUGUUAUGUGUUAUGUAUUAAAUGAUGGGAGAUAGAAUAAGUUUUACGCUAAUUUGCUAACGUUAUUUAUAAGAUACCGCAAAAAUGCGUUGGAAUAUUCCUAAACCGUUUUAUUACUUUUCAGCUGGCGUAACUGUUGUUGGUGGGGCCUAUUUAUUAAAGGAUUAUAUUACUGGGCCAUUAUACACAAGUAAUGAAGACCUAACUGGCAAAGUAGUUAUUGUAACAGGAUCCAAUACUGGCAUUGGUAAAGAAAUAGCAUCUGAAUUAGCUAAUCUUAAAGCCAAAGUCAUUAUGGCAUGCAGGGACAUGGAAAAAUGUGAAAUGGCACGCCAACAAAUAGUAAUAGCUACUAAGAACAAAUAUGUGUAUUGUAGAGAAUGUGACUUAGCAUCUCAAGAAAGCAUCAAAAAAUUUGUAGAUCAAUUCAAAAAAGAGCAUUCAAAGUUGCAUAUCCUUAUAAAUAAUGCGGGAGUAAUGAGGUGUCCUAAAAGUUACACUAAAGAAGGAAUUGAAAUGCAACUUGGUGUAAAUCAUAUAGGGCACUUUUUACUAACAAACUUGUUAUUGGAUGUCAUAAAAGAUUCUGCACCAUCAAGAAUCAUAAACGUUUCAAGUAGAUCACAUAAACAUGGUAAAAUUAAACUAAAGGAUUUGAACAGUGACGAGCAUUAUGAUCCUGGACAGGCAUAUGCUCAAAGUAAAUUAGCUAAUGUUCUGUUCACAAGAGAGUUAGCAAAAAGACUGGAAGGGACUGGUGUUACAGUAAAUGCAGUUCAUCCUGGUAUAGUGCAUACAGAUAUAGUACGACACAUGAGUAUUUAUCAUAACUUCAUUACUAAGGCAUUUACAGCAAUAGUUAUGUGGUUGUUUAUGAAACCACCAAAAAAAGGAGCACAAACUGUUAUAUAUGCUGCACUAGAGCCAUCUUUGAAAGACGUCACUGGAGCUUAUUUCAGUAACUAUAAAGUUGCAGACACCUCGGACGAAGCUAAGAACGAUGACAUUGCAAAAUGGCUAUGGGCAGUCAGUGAAAAGUGGACUAGAUUAAAUCAUAUAUAAUUCAACGUAAAUAUAAUAAAGACUUUAAAAAUGUUAUAA